CUACUGUACGUAGGCCCACCGAGGCCAACCCCGCCCCAAACGCUCCCUGUGGAGGUCUCCACGGAGGCGCGAGAAGGGAUGGAUGAAAACAUCCGCACGCUCGAAGGGAAGGUCGGCGUCGAUCCUGACGGCUGUUGCCGUGGGGGACUGGCUGCAGAAACACCUCCAGUUCUUCGCCCGAGUUUUCGUUCAAGAACCUGUAAGGAGUCCAAGACGAGUGCCGCACUUGUCCCACCAACCCAAUGACCUGAGGGACAAAAUCUCUUUCGUCGACGUCGGUGACCGAGUGCAGGGUGGAAACUAUCACGUCGAAGCCUACCUCGACGGGCGAAAAGGCUUCUCGCCCACCGUGGUUCGUCGUCGAUACCGAACUGAAAGGCGCCAACAGCA